AUGCUUUCUAAGGCCCACUUGACUUCACAUUCCAGGAUGUCUGGCUCUAGGGUGGUGAAAUUCCGUCGCACAGGCGAGAGUGCAAGGUCAGAGGACGACACGGCUUCGGGAGAGCAUGAGAUCCAGAUUGAAGGGGUCUGUGCAGGCCUAGAGGCCGUGGAGCUGGACGAUGGGGCGGCCGUGCCCAAGGAGUUUGCCAAUCCCACCGACGAUACUUUCAUGGUGGAAGAUGCGGUGGAAGCCAUUGGUUUUGGAAAAUUUCAAUGGAAGCUGUCUGUUCUCACCGGCUUGGCUUGGAUGGCCGACGCCAUGGAGAUGAUGAUUCUGAGCAUCCUUGCGCCGCAGCUGCACUGUGAGUGGCGGCUGCCCAGCUGGCAGGUGGCGUUGCUGACCUCGGUGGUCUUUGUCGGCAUGAUGUCCAGCUCUACCCUCUGGGGAAACAUCUCAGACCAGUAUGGCAGAAAAACAGGACUGAAGAUCAGCGUGCUCUGGACCCUGUACUAUGGCAUCCUCAGUGCGUUUGCGCCCGUGUACAGCUGGAUCCUGGUGCUCCGGGGCCUGGUGGGCUUCGGGAUCGGAGGGGUCCCCCAGUCGGUUACACUGUAUGCUGAGUUCCUUCCCAUGAAAGCCAGAGCUAAGUGUAUUUUGCUGAUUGAGGUGUUUUGGGCCAUCGGGACAGUGUUCGAGGUCGUCCUGGCUGUGUUUGUGAUGCCCAGCCUGGGCUGGCGCUGGCUGCUCAUCCUCUCAGCUGUCCCACUCCUCCUCUUUGCGGUCCUGUGUUUUUGGCUGCCGGAGAGUGCGAGAUAUGAUGUGCUGUCCGGGAACCAGGAGAAGGCCAUCGCCACCUUAAAGAGAAUAGCCACGGAAAACGGAGCUCCUAUGCCUCUGGGGAAACUCAUCAUUUCCAGACAGGAAGACCGAGGCAAAAUGAGGGACCUUUUCACACCCCAUUUUAGAUGGACAACCUUGUUGCUGUGGUUUAUAUGGUUUUCCAAUGCGUUUUCUUACUACGGAUUAGUCCUGCUCACCACCGAGCUCUUCCAAGCGGGAGAUGUCUGCAGCAUCUCCAGCCGGAAGAAGGCAGUGGAGGCAAAGUGCAGCCUGGCCUGCGAGUACCUGAGUGAGGAGGACUACAUGGACCUGCUGUGGACCACCCUGUCUGAGUUCCCAGGUGUCCUUGUGACUCUCUGGAUUAUUGACCGCCUGGGCCGCAAGAAGACCAUGGCCCUGUGCUUCGUCGUCUUCUCCUUUUGCAGCCUCCUACUGUUUAUCUGUGUCGGAAGAAAUAUGCUCACUCUGUUACUCUUCAUUGCAAGAGCAUUUAUUUCUGGAGGCUUCCAAGCAGCCUACGUUUACACACCUGAGGUCUACCCCACGGCGACCCGAGCGCUGGGCCUGGGCACCUGCAGCGGCAUGGCGAGGGUGGGCGCCCUCAUCACUCCGUUCAUUGCUCAGGUGAUGCUGGAAUCAUCCGUGUACCUGACGCUGGCCGUUUACAGUGGCUGCUGCCUCCUGGCCGCCCUGGCCUCCUGCUUUUUGCCUAUUGAGACCAAAGGCCGCGGACUGCAGGAGUCCAGCCACCGGGAGUGGGGGCAGGAGAUGGUUGGCCGAGGGGCGCACGGCACAGGUGUCGCCAGGUCGAACUCGGGCUCUCAGGAGUAG